AUGUCAAGCACAACCCCAGUCCCCGCACCCGGACUUGCGAUGAUGUACCAGGUGCAGGCCCCAGCCUACGAGGCCGCCCGGGCCUACGCCCCCACCACCACCUACAGCACGCCCACCACCCCGCCCACCUUCACUCCGGCCGACCUCGUCGCCGCUGCCGCACGCAAGCGGGCCAUCAUAGCCGAUCUGCCCGCGGCCUGCGCCCACUGCGGCGCCUCGUUCGCCGGCGUGGCAUCGGGUCCGUGCGUGGUCGAGCUCAAGGGCGGCGAGAUCGUGGCCUACUGCAAGGCCGCCGGCGGCUGCGGCCGCUCCCAGGUCCUGUUCGUCCAGCCCGACCUGAACAUGCCCGAGUACGAGCAGGUGUGUGUGUUCGAGGCCGACCCGGACCACCCGGCCCCGCCGCCGGCCAUGGCCGCGCUGGUUGGACCGCAGCCCGACGCGCCCUGCAGGCGCUGCGAGCGUCUGUACCGGGACCACCCGCAGGGCUACGACACCAACGGCUGGCGCGUCUCGCGGCAAGUCCCCCAGCCCUUCCCGGAGGGCUGGCCCACUUGGCAGCCCGCGACCAAAUCUUGGUCAUGA